CAGAAAACCACACUCUCUCCCCCAAAAAUUUCAAACCGCCAUCUUCACAGACCAUCAUUUUCAAUUUCGCUUUUUCCAAUUUCCGAAAUUGCCCAGAACCCAAACGUGGAAUUCUACGCGUUUCAAUCAAAAAGAGUGUGAGGUUUGGAUUUGGGUUUUGGGGUUUUGGUAAUGCGAUGAACGCCCAGAAGUUCCAAAUCUUCGACUCUGUUCCUGCCUAGUGAAGCGCGUUGGGUUUUCUCAUGGCAAAGCGCGUCUACCAAGUCUGGAAAGGAAGUAAUAAGUUCAUUCUUGGUGGAAGAUUGAUAUUUGGGCCUGAUGCCAGGUCACUGCUUGUCACAUUGCUGUUGAUCAUUGCUCCAGUUAUCGUCUUUUGCGUGUUUGUCGCGUGGCACCUUCGUCAUGAAUUUCCAUCGUAUAAUGCAGGAUACACCAUUCUGGUGGUGGCGAUUGUAUUUACUAUAUAUGUGUUGGUGCUUCUUUUUCUUACUUCAGCACGGGACCCUGGUAUUAUUCCACGAAACUCACAUCCACCUGAGGAAGAGUUCCGAUAUGAUUCUUCAGUGUCUGUUGAUGUUAGUGGAAGACCAGGGAGUGGUAAUGUUGGUGGAAGACAAACUCCAAGCCUUCAAUUCCCAAGAACAAAAGAAGUGAUGGUCAAUGGGCUUCCUGUAAGAGUGAAGUAUUGUGACACUUGUAUGCUAUAUCGCCCUCCUCGUUGUUCUCAUUGUUCCAUCUGCAACAAUUGCGUGGAGCGCUUUGAUCACCACUGCCCUUGGGUGGGGCAAUGCAUUGGCCAGUGCAACUAUCGGUACUUCUUUAUGUUCGUCUCUUCGGCAACUCUUCUCUGCAUUUACGUGUUCUCAAUAUCCGCUUUGUACAUUAAGAUUUUGAUGGAUGAUCAUCGAGGGACGGUUUGGAAGGCAAUGAAAGAAUCUCCUGUGUCAGUGAUACUAAUGGCCUAUUGUUUCAUUUCUCUUUGGUUUGUUGGUGGACUAACUGGCUUCCAUAUGUACCUUAUAGGUACCAAUCAGACUACAUAUGAGAACUUCAGGUACAGAGCGGACAACAGGAUAAAUGUUUACAACCGUGGCUGUGUAAAUAACUUUCUAGAAGUAUUUUGCUCAGAAGUAAAACCCUCACGGAAUAACUUUCGCGCUUUUGUUGAAGAGGAAGUGCAAAGGCCUCCCCCUUUGCCCACUGCACGGGAAGCAGAACCUGAUGAUUCGGGUGGGGAUCCACGGUCAAAGGUAGAGGACGAUUUGGAUAUUGGUGAAGAUCUGUUGAAGAUCUCACAGCGUCGUAAUAUUGAAGAGAUUGACGAAGACAUACGCAGUAGAGGGAGCAAUGGACCGCAUAAUGCCUCAGAGGCAGACUCUGUUCUUGGUUCAGAUCACCGCGCUCCAAUCAUUCGAGCUGAUGCCCGACACUCGAGUUGGGGAAGGAGUGGGAGCUGGGAAAUUGCACCAGAUGUCCUUGCCAACGAAAAUGUCACUGAAAGUAGAAGUCAUGUCACUGCGCAGGAUGCAUGUCAAUGAUGAGUAGUUUGUGUAAUUGAUCUUUGAGAUGGCAUGCAUUUGGUGAUCUCUGAGUAUUGGAUGUUCAUUUCCAGGGUUGGGGUUGGGACAGAAAAAUGCCAUUGACAAGAGACUUAAAAUUAUGUCUGAGGGAGUUGAAUGUAUUCCCUGUAGGUGUAAAACGUAGAUUAUUUUUUGUUGUUGUGAGAUUGCUUGUUUUGAUUUAUUUCCUAUAGAAUAGGAAGGUGUGUUUGUAAUGGUUUUGGGAAUGAAGGAAGGGGAUAGUGUCAUGGCCAUUUUUCAUAUAAUAUUCUUUUCCGUUUUCAC